UUACACAAUCUAUUCAUCCCUGGAUUCCCGGCUCUCAUGGAAAGCUUCUACAUACAAGAGCGGCUAAUCCAGCGUUAUUUACCGAAGCUUUUCCGUCAUUUGAAUGACAUUGGUUUAUGCAGCGAAAUGUAUUCUACUCGGUGGUAUAUUACGCUGUUCACUGGGGGUGUUGUACAUUACCAUACAUUGUUGCGUAUCUGGGAUAUCUAUGCAUUGUGCGGCUACGAUAUCCUUCAUUUUGUUGCUGUUGUCCUGUUGAUGACUUUUCAGGGUAAGAUUGGGGAUUCUGUGAAACAGAAAGUGAUAAUUUCUGAUAGCUUUUGGAUCGUCUUCUAUUGA